AAUUGCAACUCUGCUCUCAAAUGGCGAACCCCCCUUCUUCCUCCAACCUCCCAUUGGAUUUAUGCCAAUUGUAGUUUUCCAAGUUGUCCUUAUUGUGCACGUGUCACUCUGCGUCCAACUCCCUCCCAUCUUUUUCCCCCCUCUUUCUCUCUGUUCGGUUUCACUCACUGCCCACCCCUCUUCUCCAUCUCCCUUCAGACUCCAGUUCCAUGGACCGCUUGGAGCUUCCAAUGGUGUUGCCCUUCCCUGAUCAGCAGCUAUCCGUUCAGCUGCAGGCAUUCUGGGAGAACCAGAAGACUGAUAUCGAGAACCUGGAAGAAAUGAAGAACCACAGCCUUCCGCUUGCCAGGAUCAAGAAGAUCAUGAAAUCAGACGAAGAAGUGAGGAUGAUCGCGGGGGAGGUGCCCGUGCUGUUCUCUCGCGCGUGUGAGAUGUUCAUACUGGAGAUGACGAUGAGGGCGUGGAGCAACACCGAGAGGCACAGGAGGAGAACUCUUCAGAAGUGCGAUGUAGCCGCUGCUGUUGCCCAGACUGACAUCUUCGACUUCUUGGUUGAUAUCGUUCCUAGAGAUGAUGUUAAGGAGGAGGAGGCGCCUGCUGAGGCACCAGUUUCUUACUGCUUUCUCCCGGGUCAGCCGGGGGUGACUUUGGUGGACAACGGGUGGGAGGUUGAGGAGAGUGGUUCUAAGUCAGAUGGUGAAUGAUGAUAAUGUGCAUGUUCUGUGCGAGUGUGUGUGUGCGUACUAGUUUUAUAACUGUAAAGUAGGGUAAGUUGAACAGUACAAGCAAGUUGUGUUUUAACUGUCAGUCCUGUUACCUGAGAAGUAAGGUGAACUAAGAAGUUGAAGUUUAAUGAAUAGUGCUUCGGUUCAUGUUUCA